CUUUUCUAUUUAGUGGCAUUUCCCAGCGAAGACUCCCAAGAUGGUUGCUUUGCAGUCACAAUUCACAAUCUUUUAAAGUAUUUUUAGGCGAUUUUUUUCGCUUCUGAAAAAGGGAGGACGAGCAAUAACAAAGAGCAAAGACCCUUUACAGCUUACCAUCAUCAUCAGAACAGCCAGGCCAACUUUGGCCUUCUAAUUCAUCCUUUUUCUGACUUUGAAUUUUGGGACAAGUGUCUCGAUUGGAAUUUGGGUUAGAGAUGGCUGCAAGGAUUGGAUGCUGUGAAUUGUAAACAGCGGUGUUAUAAAAUUUUUAAUUUUAUGGAUUGCUUAUGCUGCUUUAAUGCAUCCGACUCUGAGCUUGCAGGCCAUUCAUCAUCUAGUUCUGCGAAGGGAAAAAGCCAUGAGGGUAUAAUCAACUAUGGUUUCAGCCUAGUAGAAGGGAAAGCUAAUCAUUCUAUGGAGGAUUAUCAUGUAGCUAAGUUCGUGCAGAUUGAAGAACAUGAAUUAGGGCUGUUUGCUAUUUAUGAUGGUCAUAUGGGAAAUAGUGUACCUGCCUACCUACAGAAGCAUUUGUUUGCCAAUAUUCUGAAGGAGGAAGAGUUUUGGGUUGACCCGCCUAAAUCAAUCUCAAAAGCUUAUGAGAGGACUGAUCAAGCUAUCCUCUCAAAUAGUUCUGACCUGGGCCAUGGUGGGUCAACUGCUGUAACAGCAAUUUUGAUAAAUGGACUAAGGCUAUGGGUGGCUAAUGUUGGAGAUUCACGAGCAGUUCUUUCAAGAGGGGGCAUUGCAGUACAGAUGACUACAGAUCAUGAACCCAAUAGCGAACGAGGCAGCAUUGAAAAUAAAGGCGGCUUUGUCUCAAACUUGCCAGGAGACGUUCCUCGUGUUAAUGGGCAGCUGGCAGUUUCUCGUGCCUUUGGGGACAAGAACCUUAAAUCACAUCUGCGAUCUGAUCCAGACAUAAAAUGUACCAACAUAGAUAACAAUACUGAUAUUCUAAUUCUUGCAAGUGACGGUCUUUGGAAGGUGAUGGCUAAUCAAGAGGCUGUUGAUAUUGCAAGAAGGUACAGAGACCCACAGAAGGCAGCCAAGAAACUAACAGCCGAAGCAGUGAACAGAGAUAGUAGAGAUGACAUAUCCUGCGUUGUUGUUAGAUUUAGGUGAUAGAACCUUUCAAACCACAUUACUUUCCUGGUGCAGUACAUGCUGAAAUAAGAGUUUUACACAGGAUAUGGGUUAGACCAACAUGAAAAAAUAUAAAACUGGCUGGGGUUGAUCUUCGAAAUUCUGCAGACGUUGAGGUGUGGACAUUGCCGAAUUGAAUGAAAAUACCGAAGGAAUCUCCCCAUGUAUAUUUGUUCUAUUCAUGAGCUUCGGCCUUGAGAUGUUUGACAUUGUUUGAUUUCUUUAUACAAGGUCAAUUAGGAAUAUGAUGUAUAUUCUUGCCUUGUAUGUAGAUUAUGAACUUGGUCUUCAGUCCUGAUUGUUCUCAGAGGAAUUUUCAUGGUGUGGUUCAAUGUAGUUACCAAGGAAGUCUUUGUGUCUAUUUUUUUUUUUUUUAAAUAAAAAUUAAAAAAUAAA